GGACGAUCCCUUAUCGGCUCUUGAUAAUUUCUUAUCGUGGCUACCCCGCAUAUUAUUCUCUUGACUACCCCUCCAUGAAAGUGAAGCGCAGGGCUUCUAAUUCUAAUUCUAAGUCUAAAACGAAUUUUCGUUCCGUUUGAUCGUGCACAGCGACAUCUCCAGACCUUGCUAAGGAAAGGACAGCCAAGAUGCCGACAGAGCUACAAGAGCUUGUAGGCUUCAUCGCCCACCCAAACCCUCAGCUGCGCAAGAUCGCCAUCGAGAACCUGGUAGCUUACUCGAUUGAGGAUCCCUCCAUUUUCAAGUCAGACCAGUUGUUGCCCGUCAAACAUCUGAAAAUUCUCGUCCGAGAUGACCCCGUAAGAGCGCUCAUACGCAGUAUAGAGCUUUUUCAUUUCUGGAGAAAAAAAUCUUGUACUGACGGCGAGUGUGAGCAGGUAAUCGCAGAGCAUGCUUUGACAAUCUUGAUCAACCUAUCGGCUGAUCGCGAUGUCCUCGAGUAUAUAGCAACCGACGACAAAUUCAUUGAUAUAGUUCUACAGAAUAUAUCGGACCCGGCCGAGCCGAAUGCCAACCUUCUCUCAAUGCUACUCGCCAACUUAGCGAAAUGGGAAGGGCUGAAGAGCAUUGCUACUAAGAAACAGAAAACCGUCCAGGACCUAGGAUCGGACGACCUCGUGCUCAACCAGCUCGUCGACCUAUUUGUCAAGGGCAUGGACGGCUCCUACAACAAACAUGCCGACUUCGACUACCUUGCCUACCUCUUUGCCGACCUCGCCAAGCACAGCGAGAUUCGACAGUACUUUAUAACCAAGCAGAGCUACGACGAUGUGAUCCCACUGAACAAGAUCAAAGUCUUUACCGAGCACAAAUCUGACGUGAGGCGGAAGGGCGUGGCCAGCACCAUCAAGAAUGCCGCAUUCGACGUGCCCUCGCACAAGACCUUCCUAGAUGAAGACGGCAUCAACAUCCUGCCCUAUAUCUUACUGCCCAUUAUAGGGGGCGAGCCAUAUGACGAGGAUGAGACCAUGGCCAUGCUCCCGGAUCUGCAGCUGCUGCCUCCUGUCAAGCAGAGAGACUCGGACCCCAACAUCAUCCAGACUCACGUCGAGACGCUCCUUUUGUUGACCAGUACGAGAGAAGGCAGGGACUUGAUGAGGAGCAUCAGCGUAUACCCAAUCAUCCGAGAGACACACACGCACAUCGACAAUGAGGACGUCCGUGAGGCCUGCGACCGGUUCGUCCAGGUGCUGAUGAGCGACGAGCAGGGCGAGGCGGCGGCUAAGACGGGUGAGAUCCCCGAUGAUGAGAGGAUAGAAGAGGUUUAACGAGUCUGCGUUGCAACCCUGUGGUUUUACCGCGUGCAAACACCCAAAUUCCCAAUAAGCGGCCUUGAGAGUUCAGACGUACAACCUUGAAAGUCGUGAGUGGGCCUGUAACAGUUUUCGACGGCAUGAACGCUUCAUUUGCAGUGCACGCUAUCUUGACAUGACAGAAGUCAUAACAAAUGUCCCCGUGUAGCUGCCAGCCAACGCAAAAGAGGCAC